GAUGCCCGAACGACUGUCAACCCUCAACCUGCAAUCUUCAACCACAACCCGAAGACCAACCGCCGAGAAGCCGCUGUGUGAGGGAUCAUAUAUACAUACGCAUUAGGAUGUCGAGCAACGAGAGCGAAGACAGCAGACAGCAGUACACCGAGUACAGGGCAAUCAAGCGGAUCCGCCAAGCUUGUGCGAAUUGCAGGCGGAAGAAGGUACGCUGUUCGGGAGAGCGUCCAGUCUGCUCUUUUUGCCAGCGGCUAUCACAACCUUGCUCGUAUAACGAUGGACAUACGAUCCAGCAGGGGGAACAGAACUCUGAUGUCUCUGCCAAUCUUCAGAUUAAUGACGCUGGGGUGAUUUCAAGGAUCGAGGCUCUCGAGUCGCAAUUGAAAAGUCUCCAAGAAGAAUUUCACAGAACUCAAACUCCAGCCCGGCAGUCUUCCAGUCCUCCUCGAGAUGAACUCGACGGCGAAACUGUUAUCCAGACGCUUCCAGACGCUUCCCCGGCUAUCCAAGAUGAAGCUUCCCGACCAGUACUAAAUAGCCAAGGCCUUGGAGAGGAUUAUAGAAGGUUCCAAAAACUACCUCCCAAAGAUAUUCAGGAUGCCAUUAUCGACCAAUACUUUGCCUCCUGCGAAGGGCAACCAUACUCUCUAUUUCACGAACCGCUAUUCAGGCAACGCCUAGGUGAUGGUCGCGUUCCCGAGUACUUGCUAUUCUCCGUACUAGCUACAGGACUUCGACACUGCCCAAUCGGAUCUCUCCAUGGCUAUCAAUCGGAUGCAAUUGAACAGUAUACGAAGCAAUCAUGGAAGAUUGUCGUCAAGGAGUGGAAUCAACUUGAUGGGGGAUCGGACUUAGACCUCACUCGGGCAGUGCUAUUACAUUCAGUGAUUGAUUUUACGAGUGGUAAACAUCACCAGGGAUGGAUCAAAAUCGGCCUCACCAUCCGUCUCUCACAAGAUCUUGGGUUGAUGGAUGAGCCGGACGUCACUUUGAGUCCAAUCGACAAAGAGGAGCGCAGGCGUCUCUUCUGGUCUAUUUACUUACUGGAUAAAUACGUUUCCUGCAAUAAGAACCGCCCUGCUGGAAUUAUGGAUGAAGAUUGUACGGUGCAACUUCCUUGUAGGGGGGAAGAAUUUGAGGGAGGACAAGACGUGACGACCCAGAGCCUUGAGCAAAUCCUGAGCCUGACGCCUUCGACUCCCCCAGGGAGCUUUGCUCUUACGGUGUCAGUAUCUUGCUUGUUGAUGAAGGCUACAAAGUACUGCCUGUCUGUUAAAGGCGGCGCAUGUCGGAUUCCACCCUGGGACCCUACCUCUCCCUUUGCCUCGAUAUCUUCCAAACUUGAUUCUUUAGAGGCACGCUACCAGAUUGGCGGUCAUUUUGACUUUGCUGCCGUGGCAGAAAAAUUUCAAGCCGCUGGAAGAGCUACUAGAGUAGACUUACAGUACCUCAUUCUUGCCAACGCUCUGUGGUAUCUUUCUCAAUGUCUCUUAUAUCAUCCCCUGCUCCUGCUAAGACGUCCAAACAUUGCCAAUAUCAGCGGUCAUGGGGCGCGGAACUUUUUCCGCCGCGCACUUGAAUCUGUAAGGGAACAUGCCGCCGGGCUUUCGAGAUUUAUGAAAGAGAUAAGCAUUGCGGGGUACUGCUCGAAAAUGAGCAUGCAUGGUUACUGCCUCCUGGUUCCGAGUACGGUACAUAUUUUGAACUUGUCCUCUACCGAUCCUGCCGUGCAGGAGGAGUCGUCUCAGUUGCUGGAAUCCAAUAUAGAGAUCUUGAAAGAGCUCUCGUUGACUUGGCCCAGUGCGAAGCUAAUGGUAAUCAAUCUUUCUCCUAACGGGUUAUGUUGUGGCUAA